CGCGCUUACUGAAUGAAAAUUCAGCUAUUGUCCACAUUGCAAACUUUAAAAUCUGUUCGUUCUCGUAGUAAAGCAAUGAAAAAUGAUUCCUUCCUAAGCAAUGAGAUGGAUUUGCCUGAAGAAAAUGCUUUUUGCAAUGGCAGUGGCGAUGGGGGAAAUGAAUUCACUAAUGGUUCAAGUUACAAUCAAGACGAAGCUCUCGAAGCAAAGCAAAGUGGCAAUGUCAACAGCAGCCCUUCGCAAUGGCCGCUCAGGCAUAACAAUCACAAUGAAAGCCUUGAAAGACAAAACUCGUAUUCGUGUAAUGGUAUUCGACAGGCAAAGGAACCUCGAUAUACUUGUGCAGGGAGAAUUUCACGAAUUCCUUCGCGAUAUCUUGACACAGAUUCGGACAGUGGCGACGGAAGUGCGAGGAAAGAUGGCCAAAAUAGAUUGAAAAUUAAACAACGAAGCCGUCGGAAAAGAAAGCUGCCAAGCAGCACUAGUAAAUUACUUGUAAAUGGCUUUAAGGAACACGAAGAUACUUUACUGUUUUCUGUAACGGGGUUUGAGGUGGACAGAAAUACGGAUAAUCUCAGCGAAGGAGAAUGUCUUGCAAAUGUCGAGUACCCCGAUGUGUUUGAAGACACUUCUCCAAUUUCGAACGAUAAAAUUUCACAUGUCGCUCACGAAACACAAUACAAGAAUAAAUCCCACCCAGAUACUUCGCUUAGCAAUGAAAUAAUGUGUUCAGAGACUUCUCAAGGCGAUGCUGUGAAAGGCGAAACGAAAAUUGUUGAUAGUUUUCGCUCGAUGUCAAAGCAGACAGCAGAGCAUUCUUUAACAACCUCUGGUUGUUGUGUUGAUAUUUCGAACAAGGACAAUAGCAGGGCACGCUUUGAGUCGUUAAUGGAGUCAAGCGAAGAGACUGCGACAGAGACACACCAUGUAAACGAGAAAACCGUUGAAAACUGUUCAACAGGACUUGUAAAUACAUCGUGCAAACGUAAAAAUUUACACGAAGCUUCGAAGGGUGAUUCGUCAACGAGGCAAACAUUCGUCAGCCCCAAACAAAUUUCAAAAGACUGCCAAGUUGAAGUGUCGUGUGCAAUUCACAACGACAGUACGGGAUCUUUUCUCGAAAAGGAAAACUGUAAAAGUUGUAAAGAAUGCAGUGUGAAUUCGACAUGUAUUUUGACUGAAAAUACUCAAAAUAUUGAAAGCAGUGAAUUUGAAUCGUCUGGCAAAAUAACUGGUGAUAUUGGAAGCAAAUUGUCAAAGAAAAAACGUCUUGUAAAGACUACUAAAAGGCCAAGGAAAAAGCUUGCAUUAAACGACAAGCUGACGGAUUCUGAGGCUAACACACUUCCCUCCCAAGCUGAAGGACUUGAGUGUUUGAAAGAUUUAAAAAUGAGAAAGGCAUUUGCUAAGAAAUUAAAGCAAAAUCAGCUUCGAAGAAAUGAGAAAACUGAUAAGAAUGAUGUUUUAAAGAGAAAUAGGAAAAAUGGGGUUAUUUGUAAAGUAAAGCAAAAAGCAUUUGGUAAAGUGAAUGGUCGAAAAAUGGCAAAACAGACUGAUAAAACGAACAGGAAGGUCAAUAAAGUUACUAGUAAGGUGAAAGGUACAGAAGUAACGAAACCAUCUGAGCAUUCGGAAGAGCUCGAUAGAGUUUUGGGCAUGCGUCGAAGCCCAACUGGUAUUUAUGAAUUUCUUGUUGAAUGGCGGAAUGGAACAAGCUGUUGGGUGUCGUCAGAUGAUAUUGUGAUGGACAAACAUAAUUACUAUUUACGCGAGUAUCUUGUUGAAAGUGAACAAGAUGUGUCUGUGGUUAAUAGAGUACCAUUCCAGGCAUACUGUUGUGAUAGCCUUAGUUUGAAAGAAUGUAAACCUGCUUUGAAAUCAAAGAAAGCUCUCACAAGGAUGCUUUGUGUGGAGGAAACUGUGCCAAAGCCUGUGUGCAAGCUACCGGUUGUGUCUACAAAGCAAAAAGACAAUGUAUCUGUUGAAUAUGAGGAUGACUAUUGUUAUAUCACGCUAAAUCGAGAAACAUGCAAGCGUAAAAAUACCUCUCUAAAGAUAAUGGCAGAUCUGAUUACAGCUUUCGAGGAUGCAGCAACGAGCGAGUGCGAGACUGUGGUUCUCCGUGGUUUACAAAGUGAUGUACUAUGUGGAUUGAAACUUGAUGAUAUGUCUAAGACUGGAGCAGAGAAGGAAAAUGGCAUAUUGUCUCAAGCCAGGUAUUAUAUUGCUUUAUUAAAUGUAUAAUGAUUUAUUACUAGG